AUGGCCAACAACAUCAAGCCAAUACACAAAAGCAAGCACUUCCCGAUCGACCAGUUAGUAUGUGUGGGCAAUUACGAGCUGGAAAAGACGAUUGGGACAGGAAAUUUCGCUGUGGUAAAACUAGCUACACAUGUAAUAACGAAGACCAAGGUUGCCAUCAAAAUAAUAGACAAAGCGCGUCUGGACGAGGAUAAUUUAAAGAAGACGUUUCGCGAGAUUGCCAUAAUGAAGAAGUUGCGACACCCCCACAUAGUCCGGUUAUAUCAGGUGAUGGAGAGUGCUCACACAAUAUACCUAGUCACAGAGUACGCUCCUAACGGAGAAAUAUUCGACCACCUGGUAUCCAAAGGCCGCAUGCCGGAGGCUGAGGCGGCUCGUGCGUUUGCACAGAUGGUCGCCGCGGUGGGAUACUGCCACUCGCGAGGCGUCGUGCACAGGGACCUCAAGGCCGAGAACCUACUGCUGGACCGCGAUAUGAAUAUCAAGCUGGCAGAUUUCGGGUUCAGCAACGAGUACAGCGCUGGUGCACCGCUGGCCACUUGGUGUGGUAGUCCGCCUUACGCUGCACCAGAACUGUUCGAAGGCCGCCAGUACGACGGACCCAAGGCCGACAUAUGGACCAAUACCACACCAACUUUCGGGAACAACGAGGUGGGCGUGACCCCUGAGUAG